UUUCUUGGGUUUGAGCCACGACCGCUAGUGAUUGAAAGGAAGACCCCACAAAACUCUCGCAUCAAUCUCUCCGGUGCCCUCUUUCUCUCUCUCUCUACAAUUUCCACCCAAAAUGCCAGCUUCUUCGUCAGUAGAACCACGUACCAGAUGGAGGAGAAAAAGGAAGAGACAACCCCCAAUUGGCCAAAGACCCAAAUCCCAACAACAAGAUGAUGAUGAUGAAGAAGAAGACGAUGAAGAAGAUGAUGACCUUCAACAACACGAAUUCGAACAAGGGCAGCGUCAAAAUCAUGAAAUUUCCAAAUCAAGGCUCGAUCCGUAUAACCCAGGUCGAGAUAACGAAGUACACGUUAGGGCCGCAGAAAAGAUCUCCGAUUUUCCACCGGCUGUUAAGCAGAAACUCAAUCGACCCCAUUCCUCUGUUUCUUCGAUUGUUGCUCUGGAGAAAGCGAUUCAUAACGGGGAGAGUAAAACCCUUUUCAACGGCGUCGUUUUCGAGAAUAUUUCACAUGGUCAGUUCCAAGCUUUAUCCGCCGUUCCCCGUGAUUCUCCGUCGCUAUUACCACCAUCCGGUGAUCAUGAGAGAUUAGACGGCGCUUCUUCUUCUACUACUUCUUCUUCGGCGCCAUCUUAUGUCAUUACACCACCUCCUGUCAUGGAAGGUCGAGGAGUAAUUAAGCGUUUUGGUGGUAAUCGAAUACUCGUAGUACCAAUGCACGCAGACUGGUUUACUCCUAAUUCGGUCCAUAGAUUGGAGAGACAAGUCUUGCCUCACUUUUUCACCGGAAAGUCAAAUGAACAUAACCCUGAAAAAUACAUGGGUUGUCGAAAUUUGAUUAUUUCUAAAUACAUGGAGAAUCCAGAGAAGAGAAUCACAGUUUCUGAUUGUGAAGGAUUUGGGGGAGUUAGUAUUGAAAUAGAAGAUUUAACUAGAAUUGUUCGUUUCCUUGAUAACUGGGGAAUCAUUAAUUAUUGCUCUUCUUCUUCUUCUUCCUCUUCUUCGCCUCUGAAUCCCGAUUCAUGCUUAAAGGAGGAUGCUAAUGGUGAAGUUCAAGUUCCUUCAGCUGCUUUGAAGUCUAUUGAUAGCUUAAUCAUGUUUGAUAAACCCAAAUGUAGACUUAAGGCUGCAGAUGUUUAUCCAUUGUUGUCAUCAAGUAUUGCAGAAGAAGAGGACUGUGAUUUGGACUGGAGAAUACGAGAACGGUUAUCCGAGAACAAAUGCAGUUACUGUUCUUGCACACCCCACACUGCAUUCUAUCAGUCCCAAAAGGAGGUAGAUGUAUUAGUCUGCUUUGAUUGCUAUAAUGAUGGAAGGUUUAUAGUUGGUCACUCAAGUUUGGACUUUGUGAAGAUUGAUUCAAGUAAAGGUUUCCAUGACUUGGAUAGUGAAAGUUGGACUGAUCAGGAGACAUUGUUACUGCUUGAAGCGAUUGAAGUUUACAAUGACAACUGGAAUGAGAUAGCCGAUCAUGUCGGUACCAAGUCUAAAGCACAAUGCAUACUACAAUUUGUCCGUCUUCCUAUGGAGGAUGGUCAAUUGGAAAAUAUACAAGUACCAAACAAUUCUCAAGUGUCAAAUGGUGAUGAUCCUAGAAGACCAGAUCUUUAUCCAAAUGAGCAUUCUGCAGGACCAUAUGUUCCAGAAUCCGAUCCUGAUAGUAGUCUCCCGUUUGCAAAUUCAAAGAAUCCUGUCAUGUCUUUGGUUGCCUUUCUGACAUCUGCCGUGGGACCAAGAGUGGCUGCAGCAUGUGCUCAUACAUCUUUGGCUAUGCUCACUUCUGAUGGCCUUGCUUCAUCCGAAAAUAUUGAACAGGCGCAAUCAUCCGGACUUGCUAAUAGGAUGAAUCUGGAGAGUUUUUGUAACAAUGAUGGCAAUCUUCAUGGAGAAAAUGCAAACUCAAGUCAGCGAAAUGGCGACUCAGGGUUGCACGGUUGUUCAUCACGAGGUAAACAAUUGAGAAAUGCUGCCCAAGCUGGUCUUUCUGCUGCAGCAACAAAAGCCAAAUUGUUUGCUGAUCAUGAAGAAAGGGAAAUACAAAGGCUCUCUGCUAAUAUUAUAAAUAAUCAGUUGAAGAGAUUAGAACUGAAGCUGAAACAGUUUGCUGAAAUCGAAACUUUAUUGAUGAAAGAAUGCGAACAAGUUGAACGGACAAGACAAAGGCUGGCUGGAGAUCGAGCUCGUGUAUUAUCAGGUCAGUUCGGGCCAACUAGUGGAAUGACACCAUCUGGUCCAAUAAACAUGCAGCAAGCUGGUGCAGCUGCAGCAGCAGCCAGUAACAUUCGUCAACAACCCACCCAGACACCAUUUGUUGUUCCUGGUUAUGGAACUAGCCAAGCAAUCCAUCCUCAAUUCAUGCCACGCCAGCCUAUGUAUGGUCUUGGCCCGCGUUUGCCUCUCUCAGCCAUUCACCCAUCUUCAACUGCAUCCGGUUCGAUGUUCAACACUUCAGCAAACGCGCAGUCCUCUGGUAAUCAUCCAAACUCCGGUUUGGGAAGCUAAAAAAGCUUUAUAGUAAGUAUAUUUUCAUAACUUGAUGUAUUCAAUUAGAUUUUUCCCUUCUACAUUGAACAAAAGGUAAGGAGGGAGUUAUGAUCGUUUCAUUUGGAGGAGGAACUGGCAAAAGUUUCUUCGGAUUGUAUGGAUUCUUAGAAAUUUACAUUUAGAUGAGGAAAACAUUUCUUGAUUACGAUUUGGAAAAUUUGACUAUCUUCUUG